AUGGGUUCCGAAAUUGUCUGCAGACUCAGCAUCGCUGAGGCCCAUGAUCCUGAUCUUACCAUUCGAUAUGCCUUCAGCGCUUUCGAGGACUUGAACGGUGCCAUCCGGAAUCUGAGGAGAUGUUUCGGUUUCCCGUACCAAGAGUACAUCGGGUACAUGAACACCCUCACUCACCAGUAUCGCACUCGAAGAGAACACGAGGGGCUCAUCGACCGGAUCCGGCGCUGGGCUAUGUUCGGCAAUGUCGAUGCAGUACUGUGGAUUGACUACGCGAAGGCGAACCAGCCUCCCGGCUCGUUCAAGAUGGGACCUCGGGAGUCGAGGCCUUUUAGCCCAGCGCACAUGCAGAUCUGCAAUGAUCUUCCUGACUCACUUCGCCUGGAAGAUGCAAAUGACGAGUCCGAGGCCGCCUGGAGUGAGCAGGAGCCGGACGAGGACAGACAUCAUGGAGGCUUACCACCUGUUUCGUCAUCUGGCUUCGAUCAGGCCCAUACAGAUCAGUUAAACAACCAGCCGAGGGAGCCCGGCACGCUGCGGCCCCUGCCUCCCCGGAGGCUUCCGAAGCACAUUCAUCGCACCCGCCCCGCCUACUUGUUGGGUCAAGCGCUCAAAACGAUGUGCAAUGUCCCCGAGAAAGAGGAGAUGGCCGUGGCUGUAAAGAUCGUCCCGGCUGACGGCAAGGACAAGCCCAGCGACAAAGCCAAGGAGGCUGAGAAGCAGAUGCUGCGCAUUCAGCUUCAGGAGGAGUUCGUCCCGGUGCCAGGCAGCAUCUAUCAACGCUCCAUCGUUCCAGGCCCAGGCUAUUACGGCUCGCCAAAAGUUCCCGGGCACGUGACACAGGAGGCAGCGACGUUUGGCCGGAAGGGAAUGAGUACUUUUGAUCAGAUCAAGGACUUCGCUGCAAAGUUGCCGGGUCCUGGGCAAUACAAGGAGAAGGCUUCGACGACCGAUGAGGUGUUCAAGCACAAGCCGACGCCAAGGACCGGCUGCUUCGGCAAGUCGCCCAAGCUGGUGAGCCGGGAGGAGGCCUUCAAGAAGCUUCCCUUCAUCUCCAAGCUCGCCUCGGCCUGUGAGGGCUUUGGGCUGCACAGCUCGGAGACGUUCCACUGCGUGAACCCGGAGGAUGUGCGUAAGCUCCCCAGGUAUGCCAAGCAACCCGA